CCACCGCCUCCGAAGCAGUGCGCAUGCCCGGGUCUCCCUCCGCCCGCAACCGUGGCUGAGCCGUCUCCCGCUCGUCGGUGCCCACCCGAGGAGCCCCGCCGUCGCCGAAGCCGUGCUCCCCACCGCCGCGUCGGGCGAGCAGACCCUCGCCGCGAGCCCGCGGAGGCCGACGAGAGGAUGGCCACAUCCGGCGUGGAGAAGAGCAACAAGAAGAAAACCGAGAAGAAACUCGCCGCUCGCGAAGAAGCCAAGCUGCUGGCGGGUUUCAUGGGCGUCAUGAACAACAUGAGGAAGCAGAGAACACUGUGUGAUGUGAUCCUCAUGGUGCAGGAGAGGAAGAUACCUGCUCACCGCGUUGUCCUUGCUGCAGCCAGUCACUUUUUUAACUUAAUGUUCACAACUAACAUGCUUGAAUCGAAGUCCUUUGAAGUAGAACUCAAAGAUGCUGAACCUGAUAUUAUUGAACAACUGGUGGAAUUUGCUUAUACUGCUAGAAUCUCUGUGAAUAGCAACAAUGUUCAGUCUUUGUUAGAUGCAGCAAAUCAGUACCAGAUUGAACCUGUGAAGAAAAUGUGUGUUGAUUUUUUGAAGGAACAAGUUGAUGCUUCAAAUUGUCUUGGUAUAAGUGUGCUUGCAGAGUGUCUGGACUGUCCUGAACUGAAAGCAACAGCAGAUGACUUUAUUCAUCAGCAUUUCACUGAAGUGUACAAAACUGAUGAAUUUCUACAACUUGAUGUCAAACGAGUAACACAGCUUCUCAGCCAGGACACUCUGACUGUGAGAGCAGAGGAUCAGGUGUAUGAUGCUGCAGUGAGAUGGUUGAAAUAUGAUGAGCCUAAUCGCCAGCCAUUUAUGGUUGAUAUCCUUGCUAAAGUCAGGUUUCCUCUUAUAUCAAAGAAUUUCCUAAGUAAAACAGUACAAGCUGAACCACUUAUUCAAGAUAAUCCUGAAUGCCUUAAAAUGGUGAUAAGUGGAAUGCGGUACCAUCUGCUGUCUCCUGAGGACCGAGAAGAACUGGCAGGUGGCACGCGGCCUAGAAGGAAGAAACAUGAUUACCGCAUAGCCCUGUUUGGAGGCUCCCAGCCACAAUCCUGUAGAUACUUUAACCCAAAGGAUUACAGCUGGACAGACAUCCGCUGCCCCUUUGAAAAACGAAGAGAUGCAGCGUGUGUGUUUUGGGACAAUGUAGUAUACAUUUUGGGAGGUUCUCAGCUCUUCCCCAUAAAGCGAAUGGAUUGCUACAAUGUUGUGAAGGAUAGCUGGUAUUCCAAACUGGGCCCUCCGACACCUCGAGACAGCCUUGCUGCCUGUGCUGCAGAAGGCAAAAUUUAUACAUCUGGAGGUUCAGAAGUAGGAAACUCGGCUCUGUAUUUAUUUGAGUGCUAUGAUACAAGAACUGAGAGCUGGCACACGAAGCCCAGCAUGCUGACUCAGCGCUGCAGCCACGGCAUGGUGGAGGCCAAUGGCCUCAUCUAUGUCUGUGGUGGGAGCCUAGGGAACAAUGUUUCUGGGAGAGUGCUUAGCUCCUGUGAAGUGUAUGACCCUGCCACAGAAACAUGGACUGAGCUGUGUUCAAUGAUUGAGCCCAGGAAGAAUCAUGGGCUGGUGUUUGUAAAGGACAAGAUAUUUGCUGUGGGUGGUCAGAAUGGUUUAGGUGGCCUGGACAAUGUGGAAUAUUAUGAUAUUAAGUUAAAUGAAUGGAAGAUGGUGUCGCCGAUGCCGUGGAGGGGCGUGACGGUGAAGUGCGCAGCAGUCGGCUCUAUCAUCUAUGUCCUGGCAGGUUUUCAGGGAGUAGGCAGGUUGGGGCACAUUCUUGAGUACAAUACUGAAACAGACAAGUGGAUUGCCAACUCCAAAGUCCGUGCGUUCCCAGUCACAAGUUGUCUGAUUUGUGUUGUUGAUACUUGUGGAGCAAAUGAAGAGACCCUUGAAACAUGAAGGAUGAGUGGAACCCUGACUCAUCUGAGACUCAAAUAUGGCUGCGAGGGGUUUGUCCAAGAGUUCAGUUAUGAAGUUGUGGUCUGGUAUUUUGAUAAAGUAAGAUCCCAAUAAGAUAACCGAUUAUUUUAUCUGGAUUUCCUUACUUAAUUCAAAGACCAUAUUUUAGCUGGCCGUGUAACCAAGAACCUGUCAGCCAGAAAACAUUAUAAGCAUUUCUUGAAAAUAUGAAUUUCAAAUAUAUAACUGAUUUUGGCAGAGUGGGGCACACUCAUCGGAGAAGGAGCCUCAGCUUAGCUCUAGAUUCUAUUUUCAUAUUGUGUAAGUGCUGUGUAGUUAGGUCUGUUUCUGUUUGGCCAAAAACUAAGUAGCAGUAUGAGUCACAAUUCAAGUUGGUGAGCUCUGAUAGAGUAAUUAUACUUAGUGUUGUGUAAUUUGCUUGUUUUCAUUACUUCAUUUAGUGCCAAAUUAUUCAAUUUUAAAGUAAGCAAGAGUGGCUCACAACAUACAUAUUUUCUCAUGAAUUUAACAUUUUGGGACUUAACACUGCCCAAUUAAAUACCCAGUAUUCCACAUUUUCUUGUAAAAUAUUAAGCUUAGUACCUAUCAUUAAUUUCCAUGGUUUCACUCGGCAGUGUAAAAGUGUUCUGUAUCCUCAGUCUCUACCCUGAUAGCCAAUCACAGUGAGAGUGGUUAACCAACAGAAGAAAACCUGUUUGGAGAAAUUUCUAGAUCACCAGAAAAACACUGAUAAUUGUAGCCCAGUAUCGUAUGGACUUUAUGAUGAUACUGUUUUCUUCUCCUAGCAGAACGUGUUAGAGAUAACUAAGUUUUCUCUAAAAGUUUUGUAAUAAUUGGUGUUAAAUAUAUGUCACUAUUCAUUGAUUUUUAUGUGGACAACAAAUUACCAAACCGCCUGUUAAUUUCCCCUACUAUGUUUUACCCUUUGACUAUGUGUGAAAUGUGCCAUGUAAAACUGUCAAUCAUCAAUGUUUUUAUCUGAUAUUAAAUAUUUUUAACUUAAA